AUGAAGAAAGGAUUUUUUGUAUCGUGCCGUCAGAGUAAAGAGCAGAAAGGACUUAGGGAAAUCACAAGCAAGCUGCAAGCAUUUGUAGAGCCGUCUGUAAAGAGGCAGCGGGUGUGUAGUCUUGAAGAGCAGUUAAAGGAUGAAAUAGACGAGUACAAGAACCACUCGAAAUUUGCCAAACUGAUGGAGCACAGGUGCAUUCUUGUUAUUGAGAAUAAAAGCCACGAAUCCUCUGUGUCGCUAUUUAACAAGCUUAGAGAAGCGAAUGCAGCAUUUGAGUAUGUACAUCGGGUGAUUCCACUCGAGAGGAUUUUCCCGAUCGACGAUGCAAGGAUUGCUGAGGGAAUACAGGGACUAGAGCAUGGGAAAAGCUAUAAGAUUGUGUAUGAGGAGAGAAUGUGCAGUGCAGGAGUGAAGAAAAGGGUUUUUGAUGUGAUAACGAAGAAUAUUUGCCUUAAGGUUGAUCUCGAGGCCCCAGAUUACAUUAUUGCAGUCCAGGUUUUCAAAAGCAUGUUUGGAAUGUCGGUUGUUAUGAAUGAGCACAAGAACUUCAGCUUUUCUACUGUAUAA